UCCAAAACAAAUACUCGAGUUCUAGUUUUUUCCUCUCUCUUCUGCUUUGUCUUCAAAAAGCACAAUUAAUGAACCAAGAAAACUCUUUUCAGAGCUAAACCCAGAAACGAGGAACCAUCUGUGAAUUGUUGCUGCACGAAUUUCCAUUAAAGCGGUGAGCUUUUUGGCCUAUUUUUGGUUUGGUUGAUCCGAGGAAGGGUCAGAAAAAUGGUGGGAAAAGAAAACCAAAACGAAAACGAAAACCAAAAGCAGGUGGCUGAGGACUUGAACACGAGUUUUGAGAAGCUUAUGAUGGUGGGAAAUCCUUGUAGUGGUGGGAAAGUGAAAGUGAAAGCUGGGGUUAUCACUGAUUGGAAGGAUAUUCCCAUGGAGCUUUUGUUGCAGAUUGUUUCUCGUGUUGAUGAUCAGACGGUCAUCAUGGCUUCUGGGGUCUGCCGUGGCUGGAGAGAUGCUAUUUGCCUUGGUCUCACUCGUCUCUCUCUCUCAUGGUGUACCAAGAAUAUGAACAACUUGGUCCUGUCACUUGCUUCUAACUUCACAAAACUACAAACUCUGAUUCUGCGCCAGGACAAACCGCAACUCGAGGAUAAUGCUGUUGAGACCAUAGCAAAUUUCUGCCAUGAUCUCCAGAUCCUGGACCUCAGCAAAAGCUUCAAGCUCAGUGACAACUCUUUAUAUGCCUUAGCUCAUGGUUGCCAAAACCUUACCCAUCUCAACAUAAGUGGCUGUUCUGCUUUCAGUGACACUGCUCUUGAAUACCUGGCUAGUUUUUGCAGAAAGUUGAAAGUCUUGAACCUUUGUGGAUGUGUCAAACCUGCAUCAGACAGGGCAUUGCAGGCGAUCGGGCGUUACUGCAAUCAGUUGCAGUCUUUAAACCUUGGAUGGUGUGAAAAUGUGAGUGAUGCUGGAGUUAUGUGUUUGGCAUAUGGAUGCCCUGAUCUCAGAACCCUUGACUUGUGUGGAUGUGUUCUCAUAACAGAUGAUAGUGUGAUUGCUUUGGCAAAUAGGUGUGCUCACCUGAGAUCCCUCGGCCUGUACUACUGUCAGAACAUCACCGACAGGGCGAUGUAUUCGCUGGCCCACAGUCGAGUGAGAAACAAGCCUGCAAUGUGGGAAUCUGUCAAAGCCAGGAACGAUGAAGACGGGCUUAGGACUCUCAACAUAAGCCAGUGCACCGCGCUCACCCCGUCUGCUGUGCAAGCGGUGUGUGACACGUUUCCCUCGCUUCAUACUUGCUCCGGCAGGCAUUCUCUCAUCAUUAGCGGCUGCCUGAACUUGACAUCGGUGCACUGUGCCUGUGCUGUCCAAGCACACCGCACACCAAGUGUUCUGCCUCCUUCCGCUCAUUGAGCUGGAGCUUAUGUUAAUAUGGGGAAACGAAAUCCUUUUCCGAUGUACAUAGGGUUGUGUUUAUAUGUCCAACACUAGCUGCAAGUGUUUUUCAGAACCUGCAGACAAUGAGAAAUAGCUUCCAACUUGAACUUGAACUUUUGCCAUCAUUUCAUUUAUGAAAUGGGAAACUUGGUUGUUCUAAACAUAUUUAUCCCAUGUAAAAUGAUGUUAAAAACAUGCAUAAAUUGAAAAGAAUUUCAUUUCUAGUAAA